UCUCUCAAUAAAUCCGCCUUCCUUCUGCUCUCUCUCUCUCUCUCUGUGCGUGUGUGUGUAUGGACUGUGCGCGCGCCCGCGCAGGAUGAGAGAACGGAGAACUAAAUGUACUUGUAAAUUAACGUUUGUUACUGUAAUUUGUAUACUUCUGAGCUCUAACCCGAUAAAUGCAAAAGGGUUUGAGCCUCUUAUUCAUCACCCUCGUUUUCGGAGGAGUAGAAACCAUGUCAGUUUCAAAAAGGUUAUUUCAGUGAAGGAGUAUGGAGCUAAAGGGGAUGGUUUGGUUGACGAUACUAGGGCUUUCAAGGAUGCCUGGAAGGUAGCUUGUUCCUUAUCAUCACGACCAAGAAUUGAAGUCCCAGCUGGAAGAAAUUAUCUGGUUGGGCCAAUCGAUUUGGGUGGGCCUUGUCGAUCAAGGGUGACAUUGAGAGUGUUUGGUAAUAUAACUGCUCCCAAAGAUCCUGCUUCCUGGAAUGGUUUCAAUCGAAGAAAAUGGCUCUACUUCCAUGGCUUGAAUCGUUUCACUGUAGAAGGAGGAGGGACAAUUAAUGGGAUGGGAGAGGAAUGGUGGGCCAGGUCUUGCAAGAUCAAUACAACCAAUCCAUGUAGACAUGCUCCAACGGCAGUUACUUUCCACAGAUGCAAAAAUCUGAAAGUCCAGAGCAUCAGGAUAGUGAAUAGUCAACAAAUGCACAUGGCAUUCACUAAAUGUAAUCGGGUCAUCGCAUCCAAUCUUGAAUUGAUUUCGCCUGGUGAAAGCCCUAACACUGAUGGAAUUCAUAUAAGUGCUUCCACUCGUGUUGAGAUCGAAGAUAGCAUGAUCAAAACAGGAGAUGAUUGUGUCUCCAUUGUCAGCAACUCUUCCAUGAUUCAAGUCAGAAAUAUUUCCUGUGGACCUGGCCAUGGUAUAAGUAUAGGAAGCUUGGGAAAAUCAAAUUCAUCAGCUAUUGUGAGCAAUGUGUUGGUUGAUGGAGCCUUUCUGUCAAAUACCGCAAAUGGGUUGAGGAUCAAAACAUGGCAGGGAGGUCAUGGUUUUGCCCGACAGAUCCUUUUCCAGAAUGUUGUGAUGGAAAAUGUUUCACACCCAAUUAUUAUAGAUCAGUAUUAUUGUGAUUCAUUUCUACCAUGUUCAAAUCAGAGUAUGGCAGUUCAGGUAUCUAAUGUGUCUUAUGUGGGAGUUAAAGGAACCUGUGCAACAGAGGAAGCAGUAAGAUUUGCUUGCAGUGACAACUUCCCAUGUAAAGGAAUAUAUUUAGAAGAUGUACAACUCGUUUCACACUUAGGGGAGCCUACAAGAACCUUUUGCUGGGAAUCUUGGGGCACCAGUCAUGGUACAGUAUAUCCCCCUCAUUGUUUCUUAUCUAAUGUCAACUCCAUUGAGCAGAAGGUUCAUUCAACCACUACCAGUAAUCAAAUUUUAAGAUAAACCAUUGAUCAAUGUUAUUUGUACAAGUUUCUUACUUCCAUCAACACAGCGAACAAAAUAAUCUGUGACAAGUGGUUGCUGGUGAAUGUCAAAAUAAUAAUGGUAGCUUACUGGUCUAUAUGUUUUCUUGUAAUUUAUUAUUUAUUUGCUUUUGAUAAGCUAAUGAAAUGAGCUUAUACGUUUUCUAAAAUUCACCCAGUCGGGUUAAAAUUAA